AUACAGUUUUUUCCCUUUUCCGGGAGCAAGUUGUGCGUAUCAAUAAUCAAUGUAGAAAUCUACUCCGCCAUCCGCCAACCAAAUUAAUUAGAAUUUUACUUCAAAAAAGUUUAUAAUGGGAUUCCUAAUCCUCGGCUUCACUACCGUUCAAGAUUUUCUCUCUAAAAUCUCACCAACUUUCUUCUACUGUUGUUGUUAAUGGGCAUGCUUUCACCGACGUCCCCUCCCGCGAAAUGGCUGGGUUUUGUCACAGCAGUGUGGGUUCAAGCUAUCUCCGGCAAUAAUUACACUUUCUCUAAUUAUUCCGACGCCUUGAAGUCCCUCAUGGCACUCACUCAACUCCAGCUCAAUAACCUCUCCGUCGCCAAAGACGUCGGAAAAGCUUUUGGACUACUAGCAGGAAUCGCCUCCGACCGCCUUCCAAGCCCUGUCAUUCUCCUCAUCGGCUCAAUUGAAGGCUUUGUCGGUUACGGAGUUCAGUGGCUCGUCGUUAGCCGCCGCAUCCAACCCCUUCCUUACUGGGCUAUGUGUAUAUUCAUGUGUAUGGGAGGAAACAGCACGACAUGGAUGAAUACAGCAAUUCUGGUCACAUGUAUUAGGAAUUUCAGGAAAAACAGAGGCCCAGUUUCCGGGAUUUUGAAAGGCUACGUCGGUUUAAGCACCGCAAUUUUCACCGACAUCUGCUCGGCUUUGUUCGCCGAUGAUCCAGCUAAGUUUCUAGUCAUGCUUGCAGUAAUACCCUUUGUGGUUUGCCUCACUGCCAUUAUUUUCCUCCGUGAAAUCCCACCGUCGUCCACCGCCACUGAAGAAAAUGAUGAUACUAAAUAUUUCGGUAUAAUUAACGUUCUUGCUGUUGUUAUCGCACUCUAUCUGUUGGCAUUUGAUGUAACAGGGGCGCACGGACGACUAUUUUCCCAAGUGUUUGCUGCUGUGCUUUUAGUUAUUUUAGCUUCCCCUAUAUCAAUUCCAAUUUACCUCGCGUUAAAGAAUUUAAUCAGGCCCUGUUCUGAGCCUAAAACCAUGGACAUUGAACGCAAUGUAACUGAGUCAUUACUAGCCAAAGAAGUGAAAGAACCUGUGGUGGAAGCGGAGGUGGAGAAAAAUGUGGAAGUAAUGGAAUUUGUCGAAAAGAGGAGGCCGGUUCUUGGUGAAGAACACACCAUAAUCGAGGCCUUGAAAACAUUGGAUUUCUGGAUUUUGUUUGUGUCGUUUCUUUGUGGAGUCGGGACAGGCCUAACAGUGAUGAAUAACAUGGGACAAAUGGGGUUGGCACUUGGCUAUACCGAUGUUUCCAUAUUCGUGUCGUUUACUAGCAUCUGGGGAUUCUUUGGGCGCAUUCUCUCAGGAUGGGUUUCUGAGUACUUCAUUAAGAGGGCCGGAACGCCAAGGCCAAUAUGGAAUGCAGCUUCACAGAUUCUAAUGGCAGUGGGAUAUACCAUAAUGGCCAUUGCUAUGCCAGGCUCACUAUAUGUUGGUUCCAUUGUGGUUGGGAUAUGUUAUGGAGUUCGCAUUGCUGUCUCAGUUCCUACUGCAUCCGAACUCUUUGGCCUCAAAUAUUAUGGUCUCAUUUACAAUAUUCUAAUCCUUAAUCUUCCACUCGGAUCUUUCGUCUUCUCUGGAUUGCUAGCUGGCUUCUUAUAUGAUUCCGAAGCUUCACGCACAGCUGGAGGCGGGAACACAUGUUUAGGUGCCCACUGUUAUCGGCUAGUGUUUGUGGUUAUGGCAAUUGCGUGCAUUAUUGGGUUCGGUCUCGAUGUUUUGCUCUCUAUCAGAACGAAAAGCGUUUACUCCAAGAUCUAUGCAAGCAGAAGAUCAAAGAAGACAUCUUCAGUUUCCACUGGCCAAUGAUAUCACACUUCUACUAUCAGAUUAGAGGACUACAUAAAUAAAUGGGAUUGAUGGGAAAUCUUCUCCUGGUGAUAUCUCGAUAAGGAUUGUUGUAUAUGCUGAACUAUUGUUUAGUAUCAUUUCUACUUAAUUGUGAUAAUAGAAUUGUAUGGAUUGAUUUGUACUUGUUCUAUUUUUUUUGAGUUGUAAUUGUGAUAUUUUGUAUCCUAUGCAUUUUUAGAUGAAUCUUGUGUUCAAGAUUGUUGGGCGAAAUUACAUACUUGAAGCUGGGUUGUGUAUGUCUUGUGUUGAAUUGCUUAGGGUGGGUCGAUUUUGUA